UUUGACGUCAAGUAACGUUAUGACGUCAGUGGAGAGAUAAGCGUUACUUCCUGGUUACGUCAGGGGGGAACAGCUAGAGAACAAAAUGGAGGAAUAUGCCAGAGAGCCAUGCCCCUGGAGGAUUGUGGACGACUGUGGGGGAGCUUUCACCAUGGGAGCUAUCGGAGGAGGAAUAUUCCAGGCUGUCAAGGGCUUCAGAAAUGCACCCUCAGGGAUGAGCCACAGAAUGAAAGGUAGCAUGACUGCCAUCAAGACCAGAGCCCCAGCACUCGGAGGAAGCUUUGCAGUGUGGGGAGGCCUCUUCUCAAUGAUUGACUGUGGUUUAGUCCAUGUGCGAGGCAAGGAGGAUCCGUGGAACUCGAUCACAAGUGGGGCCAUGACUGGAGCUAUCCUCGCUGCAAGAAAUGGACCAGUAGCCAUGGUGGGGUCUGCAGCCAUGGGAGGUAUUCUGCUGGCAUUGAUAGAGGGCGCUGGAAUCUUGCUUACUAGGUUUGCGUCUUCACAGUUCCCCACCGGGCCUCAGUUCGCCGAGGAGCCUGCUCCUGCAGCCAUGCCCAACUCGUCUUUUGGAGACUACAGGCAAUAUCAGUAAGGCGACUCCCUUUUGCUGUAUCCUCUCGGCCUUUUUGGAAUUCCUUGCUGAGGUUACGAAGAAGAUAUUGGGACGCAUAAAACCACACAUCGAACAAUAAAAAAAACAACCUGCACCCGAUUUUAAGGACUGUGUUGGAGAAGUGAUGGACAACAUACAUCUUCCUCUUCCUUCUCUCAAGAGCCAUGUACAGAUCUGCCUUUUGCCAUUCUCAGCCUUGUCAUGUGCAUCAGUUUCACCCCAACAUUUGUCAAACACAGUGAUGUACAUGUGGGCUCGUGGGAAUGAGGCGUGUUUUUCUAUUUUGUUCAUAUGAAGUAUGUACUGCAUGUAGCUCUCAUGUGGGAGGUCAGGACAGAUGAGCUCUGGAUAAUGUUGAAUCCUGCAAAAACACAUCACACUUGGAAUCUAAUAAAUUAUAUAUGAGUAUAUUACUUAUGGGUAUAUACAGUCAAACGUAUCUGCUUGUAUUCGCUCGUUCAUCUUUAUUUGCCUUGAAUAGGUCUCCUGCUUGUGCUGGCCCCUGACAUCUGGCUGGCCUUUAGUAUUUGAUUUAAUUCAAUCGUGAAGGCAAACAUCUGUCAGAUCUAAUGUGAUUCCAGGAAUAUUAGUCUGUUUGAAAGUGAUUUAUUUAUUUUAGAUUGUGCAGAGUUGUACCGGAAUGUGGUGUUUUUUUUUUAUCUCACAGUGAUUUCACAUUCAUCACAGAGCUGAAGGAAAAGACUGCUAAUGACAAAGUGUGGCAUAGACCUUACAUGUGAAUGGACAAACUCGAGCAAGGGAUUGAUGUAUAGUGUAUUAAAGCUGUUUGCCAGAUUGUACUAUGGUAUAAUAAAGAAACAAGCUGUAAAA